ACAUUCUUAAAAAAAUGUGUAUGAAACAAUGAUUUCCUUUCCAUAAAUCAAGCCCAAAACAGUAGUGUUUGACUAGUUUCCUCUAUGGACUGGGCCAGGAGGGGCCUCAUGCUGAAUCCUCUCUGUAUGCCCCUGGGCCUUAGCUCACUUCGUUAACAUAAAUGACAAAACUGAUGCGUUCAUAUAUUAAUUUAUAUAAUUUUGUAGUUGCAAAUAAAUGGUCUUCUGAGGUCUGCCUGUGUUUGUCUUCAACAAACAGCAUCUAUAUAAACAGUAUCUUCUCUGGUAUAUUACACACCACACCACACCCCAACUCAACACAACUCCUAGCCAAAAAGGCCUUUUCCCAAUUGUUGAAAAUGGUCUCCAAGGACACAUCAAUGGCCUCCCUAGCCACCCAAAUAUGCACCCACAUAUCCUCAAUCUUCACCAAACCCACACACCCAUACCCACAACCCUUAGACCUCAUGGUAACUGAGCUCACCGCCACAUCAUCCCAAAAGGGCCGUGUCUUCCUCUACGGAGUGGGCCGAGAGGGCCUAAUGCUAAAAGCCCUUUGCAUGCGCCUAGCCCACUUGGGCCUCUCGGCCCACUUAGUAUUCGACAUGACAACUCCACCUAUAUCCGCCACCGACCUCCUCAUAGCCUCUGCUGGGCCUGGAGGGUUCUCCACCGUCGAUGCCAUAUGCCACGUGGCGAGAUCCAACGGCGCCAGAGUCUUGCUCCUAACGGCCCAGCCCGAGACUGGUUCGUGCAUUAAGCACGCUAGCGUGGUUUGUUACGUUGCAGCGCAAACCAUGGCGGAUGAUGAGGAUGAUGGUGACGUGGCAAAAUCUAGGCCGUUGCUUCCGAUGGGGAGUGUGUAUGAGGGGGCUUUGUUUGUGUUGUUUGAGAUGGUGGUAUAUAAAUUGGGUGAGGUCUUGGGUGAGAGCACUGAAGCCGUCCGAUCACGCCACACCAAUCUAGAAUGAGAGUAUAAUAGGGUCUGUUUGGCUGAGCUCUAUGCUUUUACUUUUGGCCAUUUUGGCCUUAUGUUUAUCAAAAUUAAUAUAUUUUAAAAUAAAUGGAUAUGGAUAAUGUAUGGAAAAGAACAA